AAUUAUCACGAUUCAGCGGCUUUUAGUGAGAAAUUCGUGGCAAUUUAUUCGCAGGAUGGGCAGUCAAGGAGAGAAAGAAGUGCGAAAAUGUCUGUUGAAGAGCUCAGAUCCGGCAUUUCCCUCAAUCGAAGUCGGCAAAGAGAAGGUUUAUAUUGGCAGAACCCGCGAAUGCCGAAUUCAGUCGUUACUUUGCAGCAAACAACAAGUCUCUGCAAAGGUUACUGUGUUAAAGAAUGGCGAACAAGUCCUGUUUCUCAAUCGCAUGGGCUCGAAUCCAUCAGUGCUCAACGGUCAAGACAUGAAUUUCUUUAUUGCGUAUGAAGCAAAAACUGGAGAUAAAUUGGAGCCGGUUAAGGAUUUGGGACUUUAUUACACCGUUGUGUUCGAUGGCGAUGAAGAAAAAACGUCUAAAGAAUCAACAUCUAAACGAAAAUCAAGCACAGACUUGGAUGAAACAUCGGUAAAGAAAAAAAUUCGCUCAAGUCAAGAGAAUUUGAGUCCUAAUAGUCCAAAAGACGUCGUUCCUUGCCCCGAAGACAAAUGGCAGGAAGUUGAAGGCGGCAAAUUGUACGUUUUUACAUCGAAAGGCCUUGUACAUCGACCGAAAAUCGCAGGUUACGACAUUGACGGCACAAUAAUCAAAACAAAAUCGGGCAACGUGUUCCCGAAAAAUAUCGACGACUGGCAGAUUGCGUUCCCCGAAGUACCUGGCAAGCUGAAAUCUUUACAUAAGGACGGCUACAAAAUCGUUUUCUUCACAAAUCAAGCGGGAAUCAGUUCCGGCAAGCUAAAAAUCGGCGAUUUUCGGAAGAAAGUCGAACGAAUUGUAGCAAAACUGAAUGUUCCCGUUCAGGUUUUCGUCUCCACAAGCAAAGGCAAGUACCGGAAGCCGAUUUUAGGAAUGUGGGAGCUACUUGAGACAAAAGAGAACGGAAAUAUCGAAAUCGCACUCGAAGAAAGCUUCUAUUGUGGCGAUGCUGCUGGUCGGCCUGAGAAAAAGGCGCCAAACAAGCGAAAAAAGGACUUUUCCUGCUCAGAUCGACUUUUCGCAAUGAACAUCGGCACAAAGUUCUACACUCCCGAGGAAAAUUUUCAAAACGCCAAGAAAGAAACGGAUUGGACACGACCCGCUUUUGAUCCCAGCACCUUUAACAAAGACAAAAAACUGUCUUUAACGAUCCCGCCGAACGCAGUAUUACGAAGUAAGGAUCAAGAAAUCAUCGUGAUGGUCGGUUGUCCCGCUUCCGGCAAAAGUAGCUUCGCGAAGAAGCAUUUCGAGAGCAACGGGUAUGUUUAUAUCAAUCGAGAUACGAUGGGAACGUGGCAAAAGUGUGUCGCAGCGUUGGAAAAAGCGAUCAAGGAGAAGAAAAGUGCCGUUAUUGACAACACAAAUCCCGAUCUGGAAAGUCGGAAGCGCUACAUUGACGUGGCGAAGAAGAAUAAAAUUGCGUGUCGGUGUUUCGUGAUGGCAACAACGGAAGCACAAGCGAAGCAUAACAACGUUUUUCGUGAAUUAACGGACCCCUUUCAUGCUGUUAUUAAAGAUAUGGUGUUUCAUGGGUACAAAUCGAAAUUUAAGGAACCUACAAAGGACGAAGGAUUUACAGAAGUCGUUAAAGUCAAUUGUCUGCCAGAAUUUAAUGACGCUGAAAAGGAAAAAUUGUACAAAAUGUUUUUAGUUGAGAAGUAAUUAAUUUGAGAAAAAUAUCAAAAUAAAUGAACUAA